AUGGGCAUCCUCAGCCGUCUCACGAUAACCGCCAUCGGCACCCUCGCGCAAGAUCCCACGCAGCUCAAGAAAUGGACAGAAGCCAAUGGUGGUAAAUGGGUUCCCCGCAUGCAGAAAGGCGUCACGCAUCUCAUCGCUAGCAAAGACGCUUGGAAGAAGCGCGUCGACGCCGUGCAACAAGCGGCCGACGUUGGAGCGUGGGUAGUCAGCUAUGAUUGGUUGGAGGACUCAUUGCAGAAGCGAAGGAAGUUGGCCGAGAAGAAGUAUACAUGGGAGUUUUCACGAAAGGAGGGGAAGAAGAGGAAGGAGUUGAAGAGGAUGGGCGGGAUUUUGGAUGCGAAGAAGUUCAACGAUGGCUGCGUCAAGGCAAGGGAGGCGACGGGCUCAGGUACGUUGCGUCGUCGUUCCAAGCCCAAAGCUUCGAGCAGCUUCUUCUUUGGCGCGCAGAGCAACACACCGCCCACCCCCUUCAUAUCCUCUGUCGCGGAUCUGGAGCGCAGGAAGAAGGAGCGCGAGGCUCUUGCAUCUGUCGAGACCCCACCUUCUCCCCAGACCAUCCCACGCUCCAAGCCCUCCCAACCCACCGCCUCCCCCCCAGCACCCGUUGAGCAAGAAGCUAAAACCCCCUCGCUGAAAGAUCUUUACCAUUACUACCUCGACAGCACGGGCUUCGAGUACAAAAUCACCCUGGUAAGAAGCAAUCUGUACCUCAACAACCUCGCACGCUACCAACUCUGCAUCCUGGAGACGCACACGAAACCACACGCAUACUGCACGCUGAUCACCUACACACCGCCCGCACCCGGCAUCCCCGUCGUCGCCGCAACAAGCCAGCCGCUGAAACAAGCCCUCCUCACUUACAACAACACCAACACCACAAACACACCCUCCCCCGAACCCCCCACUCAAACCCAACCACAAACCCCCCACCCCGAAGCCGCGCGCCUCCUCGCCUUAACCACACCCCCCAUCCCCCCCGCCACCACCCCAUACAAAGCCCUCCUCACCCCCCUCAACAGCCCCUUCGCCCCCGCCUUCCACUCCUUCCGCACCGCGUUCCGCGACCUCACCCUCCUACGCUGGGAGGAGCGCUUCGACCCCGCCAAGACGCUACAAAAAGCACGAGCAAAAGCGCUAUGCACCGAGCCGUUUGUGUAUGCGCGUCCGGCGCCGGGGAUGCCGGAUGGGAGGCGGCCGCAGGGGGUGUUUUGUGAUGAGGAUGGGGAGGGGGGGUAUGUGAGGAAUUCGUUUGGGUUGCCGGGGCUGGUGGCGGGGUUGGGGAGGGAGGGGGUUGUUGGUCGGGCGGUGCUUAGGGAUCUGGAGGAGGGGAGGAGGGUGGAGGAGAGGGAAGAGGAGAAGGGGAUGAGGGGUGGGGGUGGGGUUGCGGCUGCGGUGAAGAAGAAGUCGGGGUUUAGGGGGCCGCUGUUUAAUGGGGUGGCGGGGAGGCCGAAGUUGGAUUCUAGGGGCAGGUAUUGCACGGGAGGGGCGAGGGGAGGCGUGGUGGGACGGGAGAGCGACUUUGUUAAAGGGAAGUAUUGGGGGUAUGAGGAGUGA